UGCAUUAUACGGUGGUGUCAAAGAGGAAGAUCAUCAAGCUGGUGGAAACAGGGGCUGUCAGGUGCGAAGAGCCAGUCUGCUAAUGUUUGUGGAUAUGAUUGCAUAUUUGAAUCUGUGUCUGUACUUUGUGUUAGGGGUAGGUGGCUCCAGGCUGUGAAAGCCACAUACAGUAGGGCCUCUAGGUUUCCCCUAUAUGAAAAAUAUAUUUCAGUACUAUAUUAAACUCAUUUAAAUGGACUCUAAGCACCAAAAACAACUUUAGCUUAAUAAAGCUGUUUUGGAGUAUAGAGCACGCCAUUUAGGAUUUAAAGUUAAUUUUAUUUUUGUUUAGCAGUUGCAACACCUCCCCAAGCUGUGACUCAGACGACUAAAAAAAGGUAAUUUUCUAUUAGAUCUUGCAGCACAGUGUUUACUUUAGAAGUUUUUAUCUACUUGCUCUGUUAUUACACAUGAAAGUCAUAUCUCGCAGAGGAACAGAACUGAGCCUCAGAGAGUAUCAUGCACAUCUCCCAGAAGCUCACAGUGCAGAGAUGUGACAUCACUACAGAGCAAGCUACGAGGGAGCGAUGUUUAGAAAUAACCCAAGCUCUAUUCUGCACAGCCAUCUCAUUCCAUUUGGCACCUGGGAUAAAGAACACAAUGUAGAGAAGGGGGACACUGCUAAAGAAAAGGGCAAUUAGAGUGAGAGAAGGGGGACAUUGCUGAAAAAGGGAGGCAAUGGUGUACUGCCAGUGAAAGAAUGGGAACCUUUCUAUGGAAAUAAGGGGGACCACUGCCAGAAAAGCAAGAGACUGAGAAAAGGGGACAUGGAGAGAGGUGACAUAUAUGAGUAGAGGUGACCUGGAUAAAGGGACAUCUGUGGAGGAAAAAGGGGGCAUGAAAAGAGGCGGUAUGACAAGGUGACAGUGGCACAGAAGUAGUGGAAAGUGGUAAAUUAAAUGAUAAAAAUUUUAAAUGGAAACGGGGAAGCGGUAUAUAUGCUUCCCAUGUCUUCUCACUCCCAUUGUCCUUUACAUUCACUCACAGAUACAGAACACAAAUAAAUCCCUGCAUUCACACAGGACACUCAAAGAAAUACAUUCGCACGUAGACUGUUGGCACAAGUUCACCCUUGGAUACAUCUACAAUUCUGAAUUGGUAAACACACCUACACUCUCAAAUACAUUCAUGCAUUUGCAGAAAAUGCAUCCCUGUAUUUACACAAACUUACACUCCAAGUACAUAACAAAAUAUUGAUGUGUUUGGUUUUAGUCUGACCUGGCGAGUAGAUACAGCCCCUGGUAAGUGUCAUGGACCCCCUAGGCUUGGUGGCAAGUAUCUUUUCAGGCCUGGCUAGUAGUAUAGGACUUGAAAUUUGAAGCCCUAUAUAUAUCUAAUUAGUUUUGUGAUAUUUGCUUUGGUGUACUGAAUUCCAUGGGGUUAUGCAUUAAUUAUCUACGUCUUAAUUUUCAUCUUCUAUAACUGUAACAAUCUGUUUACAUAGGGACUGGGAUGACCCACGUCUGUUCACAUUGACAGCUCUGCGGCGAAGGGGAUUCCCACCCGAAGCAAUAAACAACUUCUGUGCCAGGGUAUGAUUUUCACUUCCUGGAAACAAAACACUUUAUAGACCAGGAAACAAGCAUCUUGCACACACCUGUCCUUUCUGUGUGUCUGCAGUUUCACAUACUGCAGAACUAAAAUUGCACGCCAUGUAUACUUUUGCUAUUACAGCAUGACUAGCAGUGUGUAUGUAUCUAAAAUAUAUAAAAGACUUUAUUUGAACAAAUGAAUACAAGUAUAUUAGAUAUUUGUGAGCACAGUUAAUGUGACCAUGUUGAGAAGAGAUUUAUGAAAACUGCUUUAUAUUUAGAGCAAACAUUAUGCAUAGUUUAUGGUGCAAGGAGGUUUUUGUUUCCUCUUCUCCACCCUCCCCUCAUCCUAAUAAUUAUAGCUGCAGUGAUUUGCAAAUACACCCGCUAUCUCUCUGCACAGCACUGUCAUGCUAUUUGGUGUUCAGUUGUACUCAUGAAUGCUUUGAAUUGCAGCCUCUUCGUGUGCUGGUGGAUGUGGUCUAAAAGCACGAAGUCAGUUCUCAAACAGUUGACAAAAAAAUCAAAUAAAAACUUUGAAGCAUUUUAUCGUACUCUUUUAUGCACUCCAACUAAAUAUAAUGCCAGAGUUAAAGGAUGAUUCCAAGCACUGUAACAACCUCAGCCCAAAGUGAUUAGCUCAGUGGAGCAAACAGAAAAGGUUAUGACUGGCACUUGGCAGAAAGCUGAAGUGGUUAUGGUGCUUACAGUGUUCUUUUAAGCGACUCAAGACUGUUACCUCUGCUAAGACUAGAAUGGAUGCAAGGGACAGUUUAAGAAUUUAUGUAAUGCUGUGUAGGUGUGUAAUGAUCCUCGGGGCAGCAGUUAUUUCUGUUAGUAGUAAUGUUUGCCAACUUGCUUCUAGGUUGGGGUGACAGUCGCUCAGACUACCAUGGAGCCUCACUUGUUGGAGGCCUGUGUGAGAGAGGUACUGAAUGAGACAGCCCCGCGAGUCAUGGCUGUUCUGGAGCCUCUAAAAGUCACAAUAACAAACUUUCCAGCAAACAAGGUGAGUCAUCCCUUUGUCAGUAUGGUAGUUUGACCAUCGGUUCCAGGGAUUCAUUGAAUCUGACUACUUUUAUUUUUGUUUACAUUUUGCUGGAGAGCUUUCUAACGAUCUGUCUGUGUAUGUGAGAUAUUUAUAAUCCUAAUUCAUAAUCGGUCUCAUUCUUUCUUUUAGGGCAACAAUAUGCCAUAAAAUGUAAUGUGGCAUACGCAUGACCCUUUUCUGUAUUUUGGACGCAAACUUAUAUACCAGAUCACAUACAUAUAUGGACUAGAACUAGCUGUUGCUCUAUAUCCUUGACAUGGGACACAAAUGCUAAUAUAUUCCUAUAAGCACAUGUUAUUCCAGAUUCAUGGGUAUCUGUUGCCUUUAUAUCCCACUGUAUCUAACUUUGUCUCUGUAUCUCCCCAACAGGCAAUUGAUGUCUCUGUACCAAAUUUCCCAGCUGAUGAGUCGAAAGGGUUCCACACUGUUCCUUUUGCUUCCACUCUGUACAUUGAGCAGACAGACUUCAGAGAGGUAAAGGUCUAACGCUAGUUAUACAUGCUAUCCUGUACAUUGCAAUGUCUGGAUAUAAUCUAAAAAUAACCAUUAAAAAAAAAUUAAAAAAUUCAUAUUUAUAUAACUUGCAGGUGACGGAGAAAGGCUACAAACGCCUCACCCCAGACCAGCCUGUUGGUCUUCGGCAUGCUGGUUACGUUAUCUCCGUACGGAACAUUGUAAAGGUGAGAUUGUAAAAUAUAUAAUGAAUGAGUUAUUAUUGUAUGUUGCACAUCAGCAACGAGGUUCCUUUCAUUUGCAAACUCUUUAUAAUUCAUUGGGUGGUGGUUAAAGAUUUACCUGUGGAGUCUUAUUCAUUGAAUAAGACUCUAAAGUUAAAUUCCUGGUGGAUUGAUUUGUUUGGGCGUAGAUUAAAUAUAUUUGGUUUGUCUGAACUGUUGGAAACACAUCCAUGAACAAUUCUAGUGUCUGUCACAUUGACUAAUAUCUGCAAUUGGAUGCAGAAUCGAUUGGCGUUUGUAUUUUAACCCUUGGUGUGCAAAAAGUAAUGCAUUUGACAAGAUUAAAAUGUAAAAUUUUUCCAGAAAUGUUAAUAAUACAGAUAUAGUUAAAAAAAAAAAAAAAAGUAGUUAAUACCCUGGAUCAUUUUUUUUUUUUUUUACUAGAUGUAUCAGUGCAAUUUAUUCACCAACUUUGAAAUAAUGGGGAGACUGCAGAUUUAUACCAAAUACUUGAAUUGGGGGGGAAAAUUAAGUGUUUUAGUCUAAAAUACCCUUGUCCGUUUUCCACAAAAUCCUAAUUUACUAAAUGAUGGUAUAAUCUUUAUUCUGCUCGUCAAGCUUUUUGGCAGCUAAGUUGCCUGUACCUUGCAUUAUCUAAUUUAAAAGCUAUUGUAAAUGGAACUGGUCUUUUUAAUCCUACCGCUGUGAUUUAUACACCACCCUAGGAUCAAAGUGGCAAAGUAGUUGAAGUGGAGGUGACAUGCACAAAAUCAGAACAAUCCGAGAAACCCAAAGCAUUUAUACACUGGGUGUCCGAUCCGCUACUGUGUGAAGUGCGUCUGUAUGAUAGAUUGUAAGUAAUCCCUAGGCAGCAAGGAAGCGAAGUUUGUUCUUGCAGUAUUGCUUAAUCACUGAUUUGUCCUCAAAUAGCAUGCUCAAGAAAUGGUUAAUUGUGUUUUGUAGGCUGUUUGUUAAUGGAAUAUCAUGUCUCAUUCCAGAUUCCAUCACAAAAGCCCUGAAGAUCCUUCCGAAGUACCUGGUGGAUUUUUAACUGAUUUGAAUCCCGUACGUUCUACUGAUAUAUUGUGUUGCAUGAAGCUCUGCUUUGGCCUAGAUAACUUUUAUGUUUUAUAAACUGCCAUAGGAGCAAAUGAUUGUCUGUCUUGUAAUUGAUGUAGACCUGUCACAAAGGCUAUGUGAAAACAGAAAAUUUCUUCUUAAAGGAAACUUUAUGUUCAACCCUAUUAACCCUUUCAGAAUGGUGGGGGAGAGGGGUUAUUCACUUUUCUGCAUAUAAUUUUUACACAGCCAGUUCCAGAAAAAUAACUCAAUAGAUUGUCUCUUUUUUUAAAAAUUUUUUAAUUCUUUAUUUUGGUUGUGCAUAGUUGGUACAGACAUGCUUGCGUAGCCACAACAGCUGUUGUAAGUGAUUUGUUCAGAACAAGACACAUUUUAUACAUAUUAGGUAUUAUAUUAGAGUGAGUUAUAAUCGGUUGUCUGACUAGUGUCAUAUCCUGCUUAAGUGUUGCGAGUCAAGUAUACCGUUAGUGUGUGUGGAGCAGGUUGCUACUGUUGCCUCCUUGAUCAUUAAGUUAGGCACAGGCUAUUGCACUAGGGUAAGUUUGAGAGGCUUAUUACCCCCUUUACAGGUUCCUUAGACUAUAGGCUCAUUGUCUGUUAAGAGGAGAGGGGGGAAUAGUAAGGAGCAGUAAAGCAGUGAAUGCCUAUUCAUCUGGGUGGUGAUGCGUAUGUGUAGUAUGUAGUGUAAUUAAAGUAGAGUAAACUCGAAACUUAAAAUGAACUUUAAACAUUACUCAUGAAAAUUGAGUUGCGGGGUUCCAGGCUGCGGUUGUUGUCGGCUCGUUAGCAUCAGCUCUUCCCGGGGCUGGUCCGUCCAGUGCGAGUUUCUGCAUGGUAGCCGGUAUCUAAAAUAUCAGUCUUGAUUGUUAAAUGCCUGGAAUGUCUAGGAUCUGAAUUAAUUUUUGGUAAUUAAUGUUAACCCUUUACCAUCCCCCCACCUAAUGCUAUACCUACCCUAACCCUAUGCUUACACUAAUGCUAACAGAAUACUUCCCCUAAUCCUGCAUUAACCCUUACCCGUACCCUACAGACUCAAACCCUACCCUACUCUUGCCUCUAAAUCUAACCCUAAUCCUAUCCUAAAACUAUGGAAAUCCUCUUCUAAUAUCAACUCUGAUAUUAGAAAAUGUUUUUUCUAUUUAACCCCUUAAGGUCACAUGACAUGUGACAUGUCAUGAUUCCCUUUUAUUCCAGAAGUUUGGUCCUUAAGGGAUUAAAACAGUAGAUAAUGGUCUGUGAUUGCCAUCUACUGGCUGAUUUUCAGAAUUACAUUGAAUACAAUUAUGCAUGAACCCUGCUUCCCAGCCGAUUACACUGUGAUUAGUGCUGGGUAGCUGGCAAAGCUCAGGACCAGUUAGACAGCCAGAAGACCCUGUCGGCAUCUAUUCAGACCCUGGGUUGGUCUCUAUGAAGAAGCCUGCAGUUCAGAAACACUGCGGCCUAGCGCAAUUGCUCUGCAGCAGUGUAGUUAAUGGAGUUAAAGGAUUCCAAGCAGGUAUCAAUCCAGGUCUGCAUAGAGUUCAUCGGUCAGUCUUGGGCCACUAAAAAUGGUACCAGCUGACAGAGGGUAGCCCCAGGUAUCCAUUGAUCCUUUGAUCAAUUAAUCCAUUGAGCUGUAUUCCUGGCAAUAUUUAUCCCUCUGCCUCCCUUGCGCCCGCUCCUACCUGGUAAAUGGUUAAAAACCCAUUAUUUACUUACCUGAUCCCAGCGCCAGUGUCCCUCUGCACUGGAUCAAAGCUCCGCUCCAUCCUGCAACGAGCGGGAUCUAAUGCGCAUGCACAGCAAAUGAUCCAUUGAGGUAAAUGCUGCGCGUGCACUAGACCUCUUCAUAGGAAAGCAUUGAAUAAAUGCUUUCCUAUGGGAAAAAAUCUGACGCUGAAUGUCCUCAUUCUAGGGUAGACUGACAGGUACUUCCUAGUCUUGUAAGCACUCACUACAAUAGGCUGCAAACCAUGGAAAUUUACCGCUAUGGUCAAAACCUUUAAGAUAAGAUUCUUUCUUAUUUCAUUAUAAAUAUAAUAGAGCAUAUUUUUUCCUAUAUUUUUAAUGCAUUAUUCCAAUACUGCAUUAAAGAAAUGUCUCUGCCGUGGAGUAUUCCUUUAAUAAAUCCGUGGCCCACCCCCUCCCCCCCCCAAUUGCUGUCAAAAUAAUUUGUGAAAUGUAAAUGCGAAAACAUAACACUUUUAUUCUCAUCAUUAUGUACCUGUUUUUUUACACUAGCUUUUAGAGACUUAAAAUCUACCACAUAUUCAGUUUAAAUGCACCAUACUGGUCUGUCUUCCUAAUGUAAGUUUAUUUCCCAAAUGUAACUAGCUUUUCUAUCAUUUGUUUUUAUAUAUAUAUAUAAUAAUUUUUUUAAAUUUUUUUUUCAUUUAGGACUCUUUGACUGUGAUCUCGGAUGCUUUGGUAGAUCAGUCUGUAAAGAAUUCAAAAGCCCUUGAUAAAUUCCAAUUUGAAAGACUUGGAUAUUUCUCUGUGGAUCCAGACACCACUCACGAGACGGUAACUCUGUUUUUUUUUUUUUUUAUUGCCGACCCGCAUAUAAGCAGAGGCACCUAAUUUUACCACAAACAAAACUGGGAAAACUUAUUGACUCGCGUAUAAGCCUAGGGUGGGAAGUGCAGCAGCUACUGGUAAAUUUCUAAAUAAAAUUAGAUCCCAAUAAAAUUAUGGCAUGGGCUGAGCAGUGAGAGGGGGCCAGCAGCAAGCUGUUAAUUACCUUUCCUGCAGCUCCCUUCAGCUCCCCAGUGUAAAUCUCGCGGUCUGCGUGCACCGCAGAGCGUUGCCACAGUAAUCCAUGGCAACGCUCUGACUGCCGCGGGACUCACAAGAUUUAUACUGGGGAACUGAAGGGAGCUGCAGGAAAAGGUAAGUAACAGCUUUCUGCCCCCCCCCCCCAGAACCGCCGGGCUUGUCAUGAGCCCGGCAGUCCUGGUCUGUAUUAUGGCAAUGUAAGUUGCCAUAAUACAGACCCUGACUCGAGUAUAAGCCGAGGGGGGCUUUUUCAGCAAACAAAAUGUGCUGAAAAACUCUGCUUAUACUCGAGUAAAUAUGGUAGUUCAAAUUUCCAUACAAAUCUAAGGCCAGAAUGAGAAGAGACUGCUACCCUUUAAUACAUGGGUAGCAGUCUCUCCCUCCCCCUCCCUUCCUUCCCCCCCCAUCCCCCCCCUCUUGUUUUAAUGCUUAGUCAGUCUUCAGAAGUCACUGUUCAGUGAUUAUUUUAGAUUUGGUAGCAAAAGAACAGAGGCUGGGGAAAUGCCAUGUACAGUAAGAAAUAUGCAUAUGAUGCUCCCUGUGGCACUAAUGUAUAUCAUAGCUGGAUAGAUGAGAGCUUUGAAUCAAAUUAAUUUGUAGUAAACCUUGAUGAAACUAUCACCUUGAUGGGUAUAAUGUAUAGCAUUGCUCUAAUCAACUUGCUGUAACACAUGCUUCUGUCAUAAAAAUAUACUUUUCUUCGUAUUUUAAUAGAGGACAUGGUGCUUGGUAUAGGCAACUGAUGAGGUGUUUGGGGCAGGUUUAGGUGUGACUGUCUUGCUGAUAACAAGUAACCUAGCAACAGAAUCCUCAGUACGCUUCCCGAGAGAUCUGCUUACAUUUUAAAACUAGCGUCUUGGAAACACAGAUGCCAAACAAUAUAAAAAGGAUUAGGCAAUUUUGUUAUCUGCUUUUUGAUCAGUUUGAUCCAGACUGAUUUUAAAUAUACGUAAAAUUAUUUGAAUUCAUUGACCUAAGUGUCAAAGCUGUAAUUGCAACCUUUGAAAAGCUUCACGUAUGUAUAUGUGCAAACUCAUUUCCCAAUUUCUUUAUGUCACAGAUUGUGUUCAACAGGACUGUUACCCUGAAAGAAGACCCAGGGAAAGUGUGAAGCAUAAGAAAAGGGACACUGCACGAUCACCAAAAAACAACCGCUUGCCUUAACUCAGGGGAUGGCGCAUUCUAAGGCCACAUUUUCUCUGCUUUCAUGGAAAGAUUAAUAAACAUACCAUUAUUUAAAUUUGGCUUUUUAUUAUUAGCAAGAUUUGCCAAUGUUCCAAAGAUUUUGUAUGCAAUUAAAACUUUUUUUAAUA